GCUUUCCGAAUGAAACUUGAUUUAUACGCUCAGAUCCGAACCUGAUUUGGUAAGGCCGUUGGGCCGUAAGAGUUUUGAUAUUGGGCUGGGUCGACUUUGUUCGCCAACCGACAACAAAAUCUGCCACCGUCCGAGUCACCGGCUAGAGCGACACGCAGAGUUUGAAGAGCCUGACCAAACGGAGUGGGGUUUCAAACAGUGAAGAUCUCCGAUCAAUUAGAGCCGAAGAGGAAGAAGACGACCACGAAGGAGGAGGAGCACCGGCAAGAUGCUUCCUACAUCGUCACUGAAAGGGCGAACGAGCUCGCAUGUUCGGCCCAAUUCAGUUUUCCCGCAGUACCUCCGCAGAAUAGUCAAGUGGCAACAAAUGGAUAUUGAAUAUACUUUCUGGCAAAUGCUUCACUUAUGUACCUCUCCAAAAGUGGUAUAUCAGCACACAAAGUACCACAAACAAACAAAGAACCAAUGGGCACGGGAUGAUCCCGCAUUUAUUGUUAUAUGCAGUCUUCUCUUAGCAUGUUCUACUUUAGCUUACUGUGCUGCGUAUGAUCAUAGUGCAGGGCAUGCUGUUUUUGUGGUUAUCUCUGUAUUACUUUUUCAUUUUUUAAUAACCGGAGCUGUUUUAUCUACAUUUUGUUGGUUCUUGACCAACAAUUAUCUUCGAGAGGAAACUCCAAACAGUCAUGUGGUGGAACAACGGGUUGAAUGGUUAUAUGCUUUUGAUGUCCACUGCAAUUCUUUCUUCCCAGUGUUCAUCCUGCUUUAUGUCGUACAUUAUUUUCUUUCCCCUCUUUUGAUUGCUCAUGGUUUCAUUCCCCUUUUACUAUCAAAUUUGCUCUUCAUGGUUGCCGCUUCCUACUAUCAUUACCUCAACUUUUUAGGUUAUGAUGUAUUGCCCUUUCUGGAAAGGACCACUUUCUUCCUGUACCCAAUUGGCCUUGUUAUUGUCCUUUCACCUAUUUUUAUUUUGAGCGGCUUCAAUCCAUCAAGAUAUUUCAUGAACAUGUACUUCAGCAGAUUGGUAUGAUCGCAGCCAAGGCUUUAUAAUAGGACCUGUUACAAGAUGGGGAUGAAUUGUAGGAUGACCUCGACGCAAUUGUUUACAGUUCGUUCCAUUAUAUCUUGAAUGGAAGACAGGGAAGUUGAUUAAGUUCUCUGGUAUGGCCUUUUACCUUUAGGAGUGAGAAUUGUAACUGAGCGGAGCUUAUUAGGUGCUUGUAGUGUUGUACUGCGGCUGCAAAAACUGAUCAAUACCAAUUCAAUGUAAAGAUUUUGCUUUCUUAAUUGCACUGACUAUCGACCUUGAACCACAGUUCCUUGCUUUACUGAACUUGAGAAUACCUAAUUGUCAUUUUAAUGGAGUUGGCUUUUCAGCUGUGUUGUUGUA